AUGAUGCAGCAGGAGUUGAUCUCGUACAGUCUGUCGUGGGAACCUUUACUGAAAAUUUUGAGAGCUCUCGGUGCAUCGAUGGCGAAGCAACAGAAAGCGCAGGAGACGACCCAACAGAGUAAUGAAGCUGCACUGAAGAAGAUGGAAGACCACGUUGCUCAACAAGAGCAACAACUUGCUGAUCUUCGUGAUCGUCUGGCACGUUCUGAAGACGAAAAGUGCGAAGCUGCUGCUGCAAUGCAAGCGAUGCAGACUCAAGUGGGUGAGAUGCAGAACCAACUCGAAGGCAUUCAAGGGCCAACCCCACUUGUAGAUGACCGACAAGAGCAACAGGAAGAAGCUGUUAUAGAUCAGGGGAACGCACCAUUCGACAGUGAGGGUGGUGUGGACAAUUCAUCUUCUUCAACCGUUAAGAAAUCCCCACGCUCUUCACGUCUAAGCAAUACUGACAGACCGUCAUUCGUGACCGCGAAAGAUCUAGCAGAUGCCAAGCAAGAGCUAAGACACGAACUGGAAAAGGCAUUAGCACGAACGUUUGACCGCAACACUGUCGACAAGACUGGCGAGGAAAAAGGCGAAGAAGGAACUACAAUUGGUAUGGACGUUGGAAGUGAUACUGAGUCGAGUGUGAAAACGCCAAGAAGUGCUCGAGCAAGUGAAGUCCAGCCAGGAGCUUCACUCACCCCUAUGUUGCACCAAGACGUGGAAAAGCUUCAGGGAUUGCAAGAUACUUUGGCCGCUAGAGUGUCUGAGCACGACCGGAUUCUAGAUAUCCUAAAUAGUCGCAUGGGAAAACUAGACGAACUCUCCUCUCAAAUGUAUGAUCUUGCGGCUAACCCGCAGUCUACCGAUGAGUCGAAUGGUAAAGACGGCAGUGAUGGCAAUUCUCCAUCGCGCGAUAUAGAGAACGUGAAAAACGACGAGUUUGUAUUGAUCACGAACGACAUUAUGAACGAACUGAAGGCACUGAAAGCAGUGCAGGACGAUCACGAUCAGAAACUUCGGGAACACGAUGAAGCAGUGGACAAGCACACUGCCGAUAUUAAGGCAUUGACGGAUAGUGUGGACGAUCUAAGUGUGCAGCAGCAAACGAUGGCUUCCUUGUACCCGAGUAACACGUCAAAUGGAGGAUCGGGCGGUGGGAAUACAGGAGUAUCGACUGACGAUACCGGGAAGUCGGGUAAGACUGACAAGCAGGCUGGUACAGCGAGUGAAGCCACGUCGCAACCACAACUGGAUCUGUCGUUAAUAUUCACGAAGCUUGCUGAUUUGAGACGCUCCACGGAUGCCUCAUUGCAGAACCUACAACAAACGAUCAAAGGUGUUUCGGGCACUACACAAUCUCAGCAGGAACAACUGGAUGCGUUACGAAACAACGCGGUGUUUAACGAGCACCUACAAGCUCACUUGGUGGAGGCUCGAUUGGCGAUGCAGAAGGAGCUUCUGGCGCGUAACCAGGCAUUCCAGGACCAUACAAAGCCGCAGUUGGUAGAGUGGCGUAAGGCUCUUGAAUUGACGGAGGAUAAACUCCUACAAGGGAACAGCGACGACGAAAUGCUGCACGCCUUGCAACAAAUGCAGCGCGGUUACCACCGGACGUUGCUAUCGAUAACGCCGUUGGUAAACUCGCCAUUGAGCAUUUCAGAGACGCUGCAGACACUCUCAGACGAGGUCAAGCAGCUUCAGAACGCUGUUCGCUUAGGCGUGGUACCGCUACGGAUUGCAGACAACAACGCGGGAGAUGGUGAUCAACAUAAGGGCGAUCGGGAAGAGGAAUACACGCGCAAAUUGCGCUACUUGGACGAAGAGAUCGACGCUACUCUGCAGGUGAAUAUCACAACCGAGAAGAAGAACGAUCCGUUGAUCAAGGGACUGGAUGCGAUGCGCGAAAAGCUUGAAUUGCUGUGGUCAAUGUGGCAUCGCAACUACAACGUUAACAGUAUGCAGCCAAGUGAGCCAGUAAUCUCCCACGGAAGUAAAAAUUCUAGUACUGCUGGUGAUGGUGUACACGCUGGACAAGAGGAGCGUCGUCCGAGCAUACAGCAACGUAAUCCUGAUGGCCUACGAGAGAUGGAGUUGCGUUUAAGUGGUGCAGUACGACGUCUUGCUAUGGUUGAGGAAGACAUCGAGCGCUUGAACUCUAUAACAGCGGAACUCAGCGCAGCCGACAAGCGUAAAGCACCCGAAACAGUCACUGGAACGAGACGUGGGUCCUCAAACAACAACUUACGGACAGAACUCGUCAUGGAUGAAAUGGAGAAGCUUCGCAAGGAAAUGUACGUGGAGCUUAGUAAGAUCUCCGAGCAGCAAGCUGAAAACACAGGGAACAACUGUAACAGCAACACCAGUCUAGUGUCGGUGGAUCGUCGGAGUAUGGUGGAGGCUGCAGCUAGACAGGGUGACGUGCUGACCGAUCUCUUCUCUCAAAUGACGGGUCAGGAACUCGACACCAGGUUGUAUAAUACACCCGAUGGGCAGAAGCAGUUCUACGACAACUUUAUCAAAGAAGUCACCAAGAAGGUUUCCAGUGCGAUCAAUUUGGAGAAGGGCGCCCCACGUGGUCCUGGUGUCGGUGGGGCGGCCAGUGCCAAUGUCAACUACCGGUUGUUACUUGAUAAUUUCGCGCAGAAGGUCGAUGACCGUCUUGAAGAUGCUCGCGAGUUUACAACAGAAGAGCUGGCAAGACUUCGGAGAGAGCUUAUGGAGCAGCUGAAGGACUACGAUCGUCCCGACGACGAUUUCGUGUUCCGUGCUGGGUUCAAGAUGCCAGCCAACGACAGGAAAAUCUUGACUUUGCCGUUCCUGACGACUGCCAUGCGCAACAGAAUGGUGCUCAACAAUUCCGAGGGGAAGAGAAAGCGUCCACCACGUCAGAGUCAUCUGAGUCGUGUCGACAACGUCGUUCGAGAGGCCAUGGAACUUGAUCGUGCUUCUCGAAGUCGCACCUUCGAUGCUGAGUAG